AUGGAUACGAUAUAUACAUUAGUUUUUUCAAUUUUUUUAGAAACAUAUUCAAAAAUAUAUUCUUUAGCAGAAGAUUUUAAUCAACUCAAAACAUUCUAUCAAACAAAUCAUGAUUAUGAGUUAAAGGAAACAUUUGAGACAAAAGAAUCUUCUUUUGAAAAUGUAAAAAUUAGCAAUUUACAAGAUGACAAAGAAAUACAACAAGAAAUGCAACAAUUUGAUAACCAAAUUCUUAUGCCAUUACAAAUUGAACAAUUUCGAAAAAUAUUUGCCCAACAUACCAUCAAAGAAAGUAAUGAAGAACAAGAAACUAAUGAACUCUUCUAG